AAGUGACUUCACAGCUUUAAAACAAAGCAAAACAAAAAUUGCAGAAUCCGAUUCUUGACUGUCGAAAGGUAGGAGAGACCACCAAGGCCACCAAUGGCUGAAAGAACUAUAUGCACUGACGCAACCUCAGGAAACCCCAAGAUGGCUGCCAAGCGCAAAGGUGGCCUGAAGCUAAAUGCCAUCUGUGCCAAGCUCAGCCGUCAGGUGGUGGUUGACCACAAGGGGCCCAAGCAGGGACACCCCGACAAGGCUAUCCUGGGGCGGGAAAACACGGGUGGUGGCCUCGCCGCCCCGCCCGGGGCGAAGGAGUCCGGGCCGGAGUUUCCCGAAGCGGUCAACCGCGUGCAGAAGAUUGAAGAGGACAAGCGGAGGGAGGUGAUCGAAAAGUGGGUGAACGGAGAGUACAGCGAGGACUCCCUCCUGGGCCGCCUCGAGAUCAAGGAAGCGAAGGCCACCGAGGGGGCCGAGGGCCCCCCCGAGGGCGUCUACAUGGUGCAGCCCAAGGGGUGCAGCGACGAGGAGGACAACGGGGAGGAAGCCGAGCCCUUGAAGGGCUCCCAAGACGGGAGCUUCCUGGAUGACCGGGAUUCGGACGGGCCGGCCUCGAAAGAUGAAAGCUUCCGGGCCCCGGGCAGCGAAGUGGGCUCCAAGCUAAGCGGAGGAGCUACCUCAGGGGAGGCCUCGUCUCUACGAGACUACGCCGCUACCACCAUGAACGAGUUUCUGGGCAUGUUUGGCUACGAUGACCAGAACAUGCGGGACGAGCUGGCUCGCAAGAUUAGCUUUGAGAAGCUGAAUGCCGCUACCUCAGAUACCACCCCAGCCACCACCGCCGUCGCUGCCACCCUCACCAGCGAGGACGCCAUGGCCAAGAGAGCCCGUUUUUCCAAGUACGAGGAGUACAUCCGCAAGUUGAAAGCCGGGGAACAGGUCCCGUGGCCCCUCCAUCCCUCCAAGGCUGAAGAGCUGGUGACCGGCAAGCUUAGCAAAGAAUCCCCCCUCGGGCUGGGCCAGCCGAUCCGGUUGCCGGCGCCCGACCUCUCCCUCCUGCCGGAAACAAAGGCCACCAUCUUGCCCCUGCCCUCCCCCAGCAGUUCCCAGAUGCAAGGGCUGAUCAGCCGGGCCUCCAAGUACGACUUCUUCAUCCAGAAGCUGAAGACGGGCGAGAGCCUCCGGCCGCAGAACGGCAACACCUACAAGAAGGCCUCCAAGUACGACCUGGAGAACGUCAAGUACUUGCACCUCUUCAAGCCGGGCGAAGGCAGCCCAGACAUGGGAGGGGCCAUCGCCUUCAAGACAGGCAAAGUGGGCCGCCCGUCCAAGUACGACGUCCGCAACAUCCAGAAGCUCACCCCGGUCAAGGCGCCGGCACCCAGCUUGGGGGCCCCCGCCCCACUACCCAGCACCCCCAGCGCCACUCCAGGGGCUGGAGCUGAGCCGGCCGUCUCGCUGUCCUUCAACACUCCAGAGUACCUGAAAUCCACAUUCUCCAAAACGGACUCCAUCACGACGGGAACCGUUUCCACGGUGAAGAACGGAUUAACCACUGACAAACCAGCUGUCACCGAAGAUGUAAAUAUUUACCAGAAAUAUAUUGCCAGGUUUUCUGGAAGCCAGCACUGCGGUCACAUACACUGUGCGUACCAGUACCGCGAGCAUUAUCACUGCCUUGAUCCGGAGUGUAACUAUCAGAGAUUCACAAGUAAGCAAGAUGUGAUCCGGCAUUACAACAUGCACAAGAAGCGCGACAAUUCCCUUCAGCAUGGCUUCAUGCGUUUCAGCCCUCUGGACGACUGCAGCGUUUACUAUCACGGCUGCCACCUGAACGGGAAAAGCACACACUACCACUGCAUGCAGGUGGGCUGUAACAAAGUCUAUACAAGCACUUCCGACGUAAUGACCCAUGAAAACUUCCACAAGAAGAACACGCAACUCAUCAACGAUGGGUUCCAGCGGUUCCGGGCCACCGAAGACUGCGGCACUGUGGACUGCCAGUUCUACGGGCAGAAGACCACUCACUUCCAUUGCAGGCGGCCCGGCUGCACCUUCACCUUCAAGAACAAGUGCGACAUCGAGAAGCACAAGAGCUACCACAUCAAGGACGACGCCUACGCCAAGGACGGCUUCAAGAAGUUCUACAAGUACGAGGAGUGCAAGUAUGAGGGGUGUGUCUACAGCAAGGCCACCAAUCACUUCCACUGCAUCCGGCCCGGAUGCGGCUUCACCUUCACCUCCACCAGCCAGAUGACCUCCCACAAGCGCAAGCACGAGCGCCGGCACAUCCGCAGCUCGGGCGUCCUGGGCCUGGGGGGCCCGUCGCUCCUGGGGGCCAAGGAGAAUGACCAGGAGGAGUCCAGCAACGACGACCUCAUCGACUUCUCGGCCAUAAGCUCCAAGAACUCCAGCCUGAGUGCCUCCCCGACCAGUCAGCAGUCUUCCGCCUCCUUGAUCGUCCCCGGGGCGGCCCCCUCCUCGGCGGCGGUGGAGCUCGCCCCCUCGCAGGCCCCCAGCAAGCCCGUCCACGGCAUGCCGCCAGCUUCCAAAAUCCCCGGCCUGCUCUCCCAGGCGCUCCCGAGCAAUAUCCCCUUGGCCCUGGCCCUCUCCAACGCAGCACUUCCCGGAGCGGCCGGCUCUUACUUCCCCAUCCUCCCCAACCGGGUCUCCACCCCGCUCCCGGCCAGCUCCACCAGCUUGAUCGCCGCCAAUGCUUCCAGCACCAACCCAGUGCCCUCUGCCAGCUCCCCUUCCCCGGCCGUCUCCGGUCCCGGUGAGGCAGGGGCCACCACGUCUUCUCCGACUCCAGCGGCGUCCAUCAUGGAACGGAUCUCGGCCAGCAAAGGCUUGAUUUCCCCUAUGAUGGCCAGGUUGGCAGCAGCAGCACUUAAGCCCUCCGUGGCUGUGGAAGCAGGGAAUGGUCAGCCCACUCCUGGACGCUUUAAUAACCCGACUCUGAUGAAGCCAGAAGCCGGCGAGAAUCCGGGCCCCGGGACCCCGGAGUCCCUGCAGGAGCGCAGCCUGGACCUGAGGGUGAAGGAGCCCAGUAAUGAAUCAAAUGGCCACACAGUCUCGGCAAAUACAUCUCUUUUAUCCUCGCUUAUGAAUAAGAUGUCUCAGAGUAAUCCCAACCUGGGCAACCUUCUCGGCUUGAAGAUAGAAGGCGACGCCAGCCAGCCGGGGGCCGGAGCAGAUGCAGCGCAGUACCUGGGCAAGACGGUGAAGGCUCUUGUCCAAGAGAAACUCUCCGAGCCCUGGAAGAUGUACCUGCGCAGGUUUGGCACCAAGGACUUCUGCGACGCCCAGUGUGACUUCCUCCAUAAAGUGCACUUCCACUGCGUGGUGGAGGAGUGCGGCGCCCUCUUCAGCACCCUGGACGGAGCCAUCAAGCAUGCCAACUUCCACUUGCGAACAGAGGGCGGAGCUGUGAAAGGAAACUCUGAGCUCUCCUUCCCGACGACGGCUGCUGCGGAGACCAAGACUCCCGUCGCCCCUUCCUCACCCUCCGCCUCUUCCACCACUCUGGCCAACGCCUGCGGCCCUGACGCCCCCGCUCCAAGCCCGGCCACGGUCCCCUCGGCUCCCACCCUCCUGGCCUGGAAGCAGCUGGCUUCCACCAUGGCUCAGCUCCCGGCGUCAGUGCCUAACAUGGCCACCUCCCCCUUGGCGACGACGUCCCUCGAAAACGCCAAGCCUCAGGUCAAGCCCGGGUUCCUCCAGUUCCAGGAGAACGAUCCCUGUCUGGCAACCGACUGCAAGUAUGCCAACAAGUUCCACUUCCACUGUCUUUUCGGGAACUGCAAGUAUGUGUGCAAGACAUCUGGGAAAGCUGAGUCCCACUGCCUCGACCACAUCAACCCCAACAACAACCUGAUGAAUGUGCGAGACCAGUUUGCGUAUUAUUCCCUGCAGUGCCUCUGCCCAAACCAGCACUGUGAGUUUCGGAUGCGAGGGCAUUACCACUGUCUUCGUCCGGGCUGCUUUUUUGUGACCAACAUCACCACCAAGCUCCCUUGGCACGUGAAGAAGCACGAGAAGGCGGAGAGGAGGGCAGCCAACGGCUUCAAGUACUUCACCAAGCGGGAAGAGUGCGGCAGGCUAGGCUGCAAAUACAACCAAGUCAACAGCCACUUCCACUGCAUCCGAGAGGGCUGCCAGUUCUCCUUCCUGCUGAAGCACCAGAUGACUUCUCAUGCCAGGAAGCACAUGAGGAGGAUGCUCGGGAAGAACUUUGACCGCGUUCCCACUCAGGUUCUUGGCCACGCUCCUAGGAAUGAGAGCCUCCCCCAAGUCAGCAGCUUGGCGCCCAGCCCAACCUCAUCAGGGACUCCGGCUUCCUUUCAGGGACCCCAAAGCAUGAUGGAUACCGAAGCCGAGGAGUACGUGGACUAUACGGGGUGCAGCCCUGGUGGCCUCUCCUCAGAGUCCUCCAACAUGGACCGCAGCUGCUCCAGUACGCCCGUGGGCAACGAAAGCAGUUCGGGAGGCUGCCUGGCUGCUCCUCCUCCUCUGCCUGCCGCUGCCGCUGCCGGUGAUGACGUUAGCCACAAUGCACCACCACCACCACCACCACCACCUCCACCUCCUCUGCCUCCAUCUUUCUCACAAGCCCUGCUCAGGUCUCCCCUCCCUUCCCUCCCGUAUCUCUUCUCUCCAUCCUGUGUCUCAUACUCUCUUCUAAGCGCCACCCUGGGAUCCAGCAGGGGCCUUGUUUUGCCCACCGCCAGCUCGACAGGGUUCUCACCCGUCCUUGCCACUCCAGCUCCAGUCAAAAGCGAUGUCCCUCUAGUUCAGGACGCAGCAGGGAACACCAUCACGAUGCCGACGGCGGCAGGUGCUAAGAAACGCUUCUGGAUCAUUGAGGACAUGUCUCCCUUCGGGAAGCGGCGCAAGACUGCUUCUUCCCGCAAGAUGCUGGACGAAGGGAUGAUGCUGGAGGGCUUCCGGCGGUACGACCUCUAUGAGGACUGCAAGGACCCCAGCUGCCAGUUCUCCCUGAAGGUGACGCACUACCACUGCACCCGGGAGAACUGCGGCUACAAGUUCUGCGGCCGCACCCACAUGUACAAGCACGCCCAGCACCACGACCGGGUCGACAACCUGGUGCUGGACGACUUCAAGCGCUUCAAGUCCUCGCUCAGCUGCAACUUCCCGGACUGCCAGUUCUCGGGGAACAGCACCCACUUCCACUGCCUGCGCUGCGGCUUCCGCUGCACCGACAGCACCAAGGUGACGGCCCACCGCAAGCACCACGGCAAGCAGGACGUGAUCAGCGCCGCCGGCUUCUGCCAGUUCAGCUCCAGUGUGGACUGUGAAGUGCCGGAGUGCAAGUACAAGCUCAAGUGCUCCCACUUCCACUGCACCUACCCGGGCUGCAAGCACACCGUGGUCGGCAUGUCACAGAUGGACUCCCACAAGCGCAAGCAUGAGAAGCAGGAGCGCGGAGAGCUGCCGGCCAUCUCUCCGGGCCCCGAGGGCCUUCCGCACACCACCCUGGAGUACGAGGCCCAGAACUCUUCCGUCAACCUGGACGGCUCGCUCAACCUCGGCACCGAUGCAAACAGCUCCCUCUUCUUCCUACAGAACGCGGCGGGCGUGGGACUCAACGACUCCUUGGACCUCAGCCAGAAGCCCCCGGAGACGGCAGGGGGCACCACCGUCUCCCCGGGCGGAGAGGCCGCAGAUCGCCUGGGGGGCGAGCGGCUGCCAGCCGGCUGCAGCAACGCAGACGAUGACGAUGACUCCUCCCACGAGGAGGACGAGGAGGAGGAAGAAAUGAACGAGGAAGAGGAGGAGGAAGAGGAGGAUGACGAUGAGGAUGAGGACGAGGAGGAGGAAGAGGAGGAGGAUCUGAACACGGAUUCUGAAGAGUCGCUUCCCGACGCAGAAGGCAUGCCUGCAAAAGAUGUUAGGGAACUGAGGGAGGCGGUUUCUCCUCUGGCUGACUGCUGCGAGGCUUCCAGGCCGCCCGGCGAGCAGAUCCCCCGCCCUGUCUCCGAGGAAGCCUCCCCUUAACAUACAGACCAUGACGGGGGGGGGUGUUGUUGAUUUUUUUAAACAAACAAACAAAACAGGAACUGAAUUAACUGAGAGGACUCCACUGUGUGAGGCGAGAACAAAUGGUAGAAUGGCAAGCGGGAAAACGAAACCUGUCCAACUCCGCCCCAGAAAGUGCACAAGAUGACAAAAGGGGAAACCUUGAAUCUUUGGACCAUGCAAAAAAAACAGGAGGAGGAAAGAAAGAAGGAAGGAAGGAACAAACACCCACCCUCACACCCACGCACACCCCGGAAAGCACCCGUGCAGGGGCAGGACAGAGGGACCCACCUGUUGGGACGCACAUGUUUACAGGGUGGCAGAUGGCCAAACGUUUUACCAUUGCGCAGAUGGGUUGGGCCCUGAAGAAGCCGUCCUUUCCCUUGACGGAUGUGCUCUCCCCCCCUCCCCAAACCUUUGGCUGGGGGCAGAGCGGUCUCUUCCCCCCCCAGCUCCAUUAUUCCCCCUGUGUCUAUCUAUCCUUUAACACUCUUCCCAGUCCCGCGGAGGGGGUGGGUGGGGGCCGCUAGCGUCCAGGGGCGACUGGUUAGGGGUGGUCCUGAAAGCCCAAGGCGAAGACGUCCUUCGCCAUCUGGGCCACGGGGUCAGUGAGGGUUAGGGGGUCCUGCUCUCGCUCAUUCUUCUGUUUUGGUUUUUUUCCUUUCUCCAGCAUCAAAUGAACGGGAGAAACAGGGGGUCUCAGGCAGCUUGGGAAUGGUUGGGAAAUGGGGUAUUUAUUGUCCGUUUGAGGGUUUUGUUUUUUGUUUUUUUGCUUUUUGUUUAAAAAAAAAUAAACAGAGAGAAGCAUUAAUGAAUUGAACAGGGCAUAGAAGUGGGAGGGCAGUUUCCUGAUCUUCCAGGUCCUCUUUGUUACUAAAGGAUAAUAAUAAUAUUAAUAAUAAUAAUGAUAAUAAUAAUCUCUUUUUUUAAAGGAAGAAAACUUAUUUAUAUUGCAGUGUUCCCACCCAAGUGGAACGGUCCCUUCCUGGUGCGAGGCUCUGAUUCCAUAGCAGGGGCGGUGAAACACAGGGGUGGGGGGUUGAUGCUGAAAAGAUUCCUCCGGUGUGAAAGAGAGGCUCAGAUUUAACCAGCCGCCCAAACCAAAAGAGUCCCUGGCCGUUCGCUUCCCAGAUCUAUAGGUAUUUCCCGCCCGGGCCUCUCGGCCUCCCUGCUCCAAUCCAGGGGCCACCAAUUCUUCCUAGAGACCUUUUCCUGCCCACUCUUUCCCCUUGGCUUGUGGCCUUGACUGGAAGGCCCAGGGUGAGCAGGGGGUGAAGGAGGACGUGGGGAGGGACAGGGCAAACCAAGCAUGCUUCCAGGGGGUGCUCUUACCUCCAAGACUUCGGCAGGGGGUGCAGCGUUCUUCCACACGCGCUGUCCUAGCUGGCGGAAAGCACUACGCUGGAGGCCUUCGGGUCCCUUUGAGCAAAGCCACCACAGGACAGGGUCCUUUGGAGCACAAACCGACAGGUAGCUCCCCAGGAGUAAGGGAAGAGUUGAGGAAAGGCAUGGGUUCCAGGCCAAAUGGAAGACCCUGAAGCCCCGUUUAGCUCUGCUGGAUUCAGAGGGUUUUCCUUUCAGGUCGUUAAAAGCUAAAGAAAGCGGGUGCAGGAAACGAGCCCCCCCCCCCGGUCAGUGUCCAGUGGACAUGCCGUUUUAUAGCACAGAGCAGAAACAGCUUUUAUUUGUCUUAGGUUUAAAACAUUUCCAUGUCGAACAAUCCCACGCCAGCAACUUAACAGGUCUCACAAGGAUGAUGAUGUGAUUCAGUAAGAUUUUUUUGACUAGGGAAGAAGCAAGAAGAAAAAAAAGGCAAAGAAAAAGAUACAGAAAUAUCCAGGGAAAAAAAAUAGCUGUACAGUAUUUUUCCCCCCCAGUAAAGUUACUACUAGAUAUAGAGAUAUAUAUAGAGAGAUAUAUAUGGAAAAGGAAAAGAAAAAAGAGCCAUACGAAGAUUAAAUACUCUGUGAGUAUCCACUGAGAAACAGGCCCUUCAGUAUCCUAUUUGUUUACUUGCAUUCAAUUGUCAACUCUACUCACCUAUCCUCAAGUGAGAGCAUUUUUUUUCAUUUAUUAUUCCCCCCCCCCAAUUAACAAGUGUGUGUGCGGGGCAGGGGGGAGGGUGGGUACCAGAGACAGGGGCUUCCCCCUGCUUAUUUUACAAUUCUCAGUAUUGAUCACCAAGCCGUUCUGAACCUGAAUUUCAGCUCGCAUAGGAAUCACACACAAAGAGGCAAUAGUCUCAUGUGCGUGUCUUCAUACUCACAGACCACCUAUAUGGGCCAGUCGUAGGCUGUGUGCCGGUUCAACAUCAGGGGUUGUUUCCGUUUGCUCUCUGUUUUGCUUUGGAAAGGGCAAGGGCCAGCUGUUUUUCUGGCGCUGUCCAGCAUCUUCUGACUCAUCCCUCCCCAAAUUGGUAGAGAAAAAGGAAGAAAGGCUAAAGG